CGCUUCAUAAUGUUAAACUUUGUCCCCCUCCACAGUGUUGCCCCCUCCUCAGCUCUCCGCCUCCUCUCCCAGCAACGACAGCAUCACUGUGUCCUGGGCUCCUGUUGCCAACGCUGUCCAGUACAGCCUGUCUCUGUACAAGUUUGGCUGGAACACCACCUUCAUCAAGCACAACACUUCCAGCACCAAUUGGAUCGUCUCCGGCCUGGAUAUGGGCUCAGUCUACGUCAUAAAGGGUUUCGCCUGGGACCCCGAGGGCCGCCAGGGAGAGGACAGUCUGUACAUCAACCAGAUGACAAGACCUGCUAUGCCAUCUAUUGCCAAUGUCUCCAUGGUGAUGAAUAACGGUUUGGCCGGUAUCUCCGUGUCCUGGGAACGGGAUGAGGGGGUCUUUGGGUCCCUCCAGUACCAUGUGAUGAGCGACCAGAACCUCACCUGUAACUCCACAUCCAGCUCCUGCACCCUGUCUCCAGUGGGCUGCGGAGAGGUACACACAGUCCGG